AUGCGUUCGUUUUUCAACAAGCCCGCUUGGGCUGCUGCAGGCGACGAAUCCAAUACCGCUGAUUUUUAUCGAAGAUCAAAGCAAACGUACGGUGACAUUAUAGCAGCAAAUCGCCAGCAGCAUCGAGCAGCUACUACCACACCGGAUCCUCCGAGUGAUCGUGGAACCGCAAAGCCAGCACCCAAGCGUCGCCGUGUUACAAGGCGCGACGAUCAACCAUCCGACGAUUCAACAACCAACUCAUUAAACGGCGAUCUUGAUCAGGGGACUGGGGGAAACGACAACGAUGACAAGGGAAUUGUACAGGAAAGCGCACAAGGAAAUGGCGAGAUAGUCACACUCAAAAGUCCCACAAUCACUGCACUACCACCAUCAGACGAAAAUGCCGCCAUAGCCAUCGCAUCUUCUCCGGAGUCGACAAACUCGACAAAACUACAUGAUUCUUAUGAUUCCAACUCUGCAAAUGAGAAAGCUGAUUCGCCCCUUGGCGGUAAAAGGCCACUUACCAACGACGAAUCUCACAACAACGAAAGCCGAAAUAAUAACACGAGUCGCGCAAAUUCUUCUCGGCCCCCCGAAGCGUUACACAGCGAUUUUACAAAGGAUCGUGUUCCAGAGGAGAACGAUGAGAUAGUGCAGAUAUUUGUCUCAUCAGCAAUCAAAAAUACCAGACCAUUGCUGGUCCAUCGACGAAUUUCACAGCGUUUUCGAGACGUCAGGGUGACAUGGUGUGAGCGCCAAGGAUUUGACAAUAAGAUGACAUCGUCUGUGUACCUGACUUGGAAUAAGAGAAGAUUAUUUGAUGUUACAACGUGUAGAAGCCUCGGUGUGAAGGGCGCGUCCUCACCCAUAUAUGACACUUCGCAGUUUGAGGACGAGACCUCUCCUGGGAAUGAGCCAUUGCGUAUCCAUGUCGAGGCUGUGACAGACGAACUGCUCCAGUCUCAAGCCGAUGAGACUCUUCACUCUUCUUCUAAGCUUGCAAAAAGCGAAGUUAAACCGGAACCAUCUUUCAGCAUUGCUUUGAGGAGUCGGGACUACGAAGAGAUUUGGAUCAAGGUCCGAAAGCGCACCAAAGUCUCACAGAUUCUCAACGACUUUCGAGCAAGGGCGAGUGUCCCUAGCGACACAAAUAUUCAGCUAUCAUUUGACGGGGAUAUCUUGGAUCCUGCUUCUCGUCUGGAAGCACAUGACAUUGCAGAAGACGACUUGGUUGAAGUUUUGUUUCGGUGA